AUGGCCAAGAAAGCGAAGUCACGUACCAUCCCUGUCCGGCUCAUCUCCAUGGCGAUGACUGGCUACUACCGUACCAUGAUCCGUCCGCGCGCGCACCGCCCGCUCAGCAUGCUGAAGUACGACCCCGUCGUUAAGAAGAAGGUUCUGUUCCUUGAGGCGACAAAGGGUGGAAAGGCGAAAUAG